AUGGAACCUCAACCGCUGGAGGACGCAGAUAAAAUCCGAGAAGACAUCAAGGUAUUACUACCCGACGUCAAGACUUUCCAGAAGGAUGCAACUGGGAACAAGAAAUAUGGCGGGGAUAUACUUCUGGCCUUGAUUUCUCGCAUGAAAACCGCUCUUGAUAUCGAUGAGGCCUGGGAAGGACGUAUAAGAUACUGGUCGAUAUCUACAAAACUAGUAGAUCUUCCAAACUCCGCAUACCUUAUCCCAAUAUCGGAGGGCAUCGAAGUGAAUGGGUGGUUAUUGAAGGAAGGGUGGUUUGUGCAAGUGAAUGGUGUCCCUGUUGUGGGUGCUGGUACGAUGUUGAUUUUUGCGCCUCACUGA